AUGUCACUAGAUCCACAUGACUUGUACAUUCUUGCACUUUACGACCACGAUAUGUUGAACAGCACCAAUCCGUUUGCUAGGCUGGUAGCGCAGGAGGGAGAAGAGCAGCGGCAGGCACAGCACCAGCAUCACGCUCCCCCAGAUACCCCAGAUCAUCCGCCUAAAGCAACACCCACAGCACCAGCACCAUCACCGACACCACCACCGCUGCCCAACAGGCCGCACUCGCCGCCACAGCCACCGCGACCGAGCGAGCCACGCCCACGCCCACCAGCGACCGCUCUCGAGCAGCGAUACGAGGAGGAAGAGCCACCGCCAUAUGAGGAGGUGAUGAGUGACAGAGUGCUCGAGCAGGGCCCGCGUCGCCCCUACCCUGCAGCACCCGUGCAGUCUACCCAGCACACGCCUCUCAAUUCCUACCACACUAAUAGUCCCGCUACACCCGUGCAUACCAGACCAGUAGGCGGUGGUUAUGGCGGUAACUAUGGCAACAGCAGUCAGUCUCACCAACCCUACCAACCUUAUUCUUAUCGGCCGAAUUACUCCGGUUAUCACAAUUCAAGUACACACACAAACACGAACACUCAUCGCAGUGCUCCUCACAUUAGCGGCAUUAUUCGUUCAGGUAGACCACCACCCGGUGCUGUAGUUUACCAGUCAGGCGAUCCAAGGAUCGGCGGAUCCUUCUGCUACAAGUGCGACGGCACCGGCAAGCGCACUGACUGGCUCUUCGGCUUCUCCGAGACGUGCUACAAGUGUGGUGGGAUUGGCAGGCGGUUCCAUUGA